AUGGAGCUUUUAGCCGAUCUCCGUGAAAGGUACGACAGAAUCGCCCUCAGCACCAUGGAUCCGGUUAGCUCGGCCAUCUUCUUCCACCGAGAAAUAUCCUUAUUCUUUGACAAGUACGUGAACACGGGCCAGGAAUCGAUCUUUGGAAAGAUUAGCCACUACUACGCCACGGUGGAAACGAACGAGCGAGGCAGCCUCCACUUACAUGGACUCCUCUGGCUGGACGGCAACAUGCGGUUACCGAACCUGGUAGACGAUAUGGCCAAUCCUGCGGAAGAAGGAUACCGUGCCCAAGUGACCCGGUACGUAGACUCUGUCUUUCACGAGUGUUUAGAUGAAGAUGCUGGAAAAACCCUGCGACAACAGAGGAAGCCCAUCCAUCCCGUGGAGGAGGUCAUGACCAGCACCUCGGCUCUCACUGCGGCCUUCGAAGACGAAUCCAACUUCAUCGCGUACUGUUGCCAAGUGCACUCCCACACGUACACCUGCCUCAAGUAUUCUCUGAAGGGGAUCGUUGAACAGGGUGCAGAUCCACAGAGACGGACGGCCUGCCGCUUCAAAGCACCGUGGAAGAUCGUCGACGAGACAGGGUUCACAGAGGACGGCUUGCUUCAGAUCCGGCGCAACCAUCCACUCGUCAAUCGGUAUAACAAGUCAUUGGCGGUCGGCCUUCGUCAUAACCAUGACGUCUCGAUGAUCUUGACCAAAACCAAGGGCCUGGCCAUGGUGUACUACAUCACGAACUACGCCACCAAACUGGAUACGCCGAUGUGGAAACGCAUUGCUCUUGCCGCCGAGGUUGCCCGCCAACUUCGCGAAGCCGGUCGUCCGACGUCUCGCGCACCAGAUCCCACCCUGCCCGACGACAGGCAGCAGGCAGUAUUGAAUGAAAGCCGUCAAUUCCUGAUGAGAACGGCAAAUCGGAUCUUCUCCGAGCGACAACUCUCGGCCGUAGAGGAUUCCGACUGUGACGGCUGGAUGCAAAAGCUUCGACGGCCAGACCAGUACGCCGUCCCGAUCUUCCAAGGAUACAUCAGCGACGACCAUGAGGACGAUCACCCAGUGUAUAUUAAGCGAAAUUCGGUCCUACAUUUGGCGUUAUUCGUCCCUUGGGAAAACUUCGUUUCUGAAAGCCAAGGCGAUAUAACCGACAUAUGGACGAGGCAUCGGGCCGGGCUUUGUCCCCGCCUCCGUUUCCAUGUCUCCAACAUUUGUCUUUUGAGAAAGUCUGCCGAAGACGCGCGUAAAGACACGAAGCUCUGGGCCAGUCGAUCGGAGGGUGACGACACAAUUGACGUUGAGUACCCACUGGACGACGGCCACUACGAGGAUGAGCCUCCAGCGAUGGCUCAACAUCAGGCUUACACAGCUCUACUCCAGAUUUUGCGGAAUUCCGUGCAAAAUACUGACGCCACAAAGGACUCCCUCGUCCUCUUGGAUCUAAUACGCGACGUGCGUAAGGGGAACCUCGCUGGAGGACAACCCUUUGUCCAACGUCAGGAGGAUCUGUACCUCAAUAUACCCCACGACCAAGGCGACACCUUGUGCCAAUUCCCAAUAUUAUCUCGAGAUGAUGUCCAAGCAGCAGCCAAGGCCCAAGACCUGUUGCAUCUUCGAAUGCUGGACGACAUCGAGGGUGGUUCUCAGGGCACCGUACUAUCCACGAAUGGCGCCGACAUCGACGAUACCCUAGCUCGCUACGGCGAUAUGGACACCGCCGCUGCGCUCACAGGCAGUGACCUCAAUGAACAAGGCCCUCGAAUGCUCGUUGACGUCACUCCGGCGACUAGCUUCGCGGAGAUGGGGCACACCACCGCAGCCACCUUCACACUGAACUAUCUACAGACCAUGGCCCUUCAACUCGUUUGCGCAUUUCUAGACAGGUAUACGGCUAAUCCGGACUCAGCUGGCCAACAUCUCCAGUAUACCGGCGGGCCGGGUGGCACGGGAAAGUCGAGGAUCAUCGAUGCCCUGAAGGACGUGUUCGCGGCGAGAAACCAGCCACAUCUUCUGCAGAUAACCGGCACAUCGGGCAGUUCGGCGGCCCAGAUUGGCGGCACGACGAUCCACUCGGCCUGUGGAUUGUGGCAUCUGUUCAAAACCGUUGUGCUCCUCGAAGACCAGGUCCGGGCACGCGACGAUCCCCAACUCGGCGCACUCCUGGAUCGAGUUCGUGACGGGCGGCAGACACGGCAAGACCUCGACUUGCUCAACGCCAACAUUGUAGGACGCUCCCAAAUCACCUUCGACAAUGGUUUGCGUGCUAUAACGCCGCUGAACCGCACCCGCUGGGCCCUCAACAUGGAAGCUGUCGUAGGCUGGGCGCGCUUCAACAAGCAACAUAUCCGUAUCUUUAUCUCGACUCACACCUGGCGCAACGGCACGCUUUCUCCAAACAUCAUAGCACAAACCAUUGGACAAGGUGAUGACUCUGUCUGCAAAGUCCCUGGUGUCUUUUCUACGCCCAAGGUAUGCCGGUGGUUGUGA